AUGACGGAUGAAUCGACUUUUGAUUGGCAGGACCGUCAGGGCAAGACGCGUCUUGCCAAGUGGUACCUGAACGCGUCACUAAAAGAGAAGACACGCUUGAUCCGUGAUAUCACGUCGCUAGUUCUCUCUCGUCCUCACAAACAGUGUAACUUUAUUGAAUUCAAAGAGAAAAAGAUCAUUUACAAGAGAUACGCGAGUCUCUACUUUAUUGCGUGUAUCUCAAAGGAUGAGAAUGAACUGAUCACACUUGAAGCCAUUCACCUGUUUGUCGAAGUUUUGGAUCGUUACUUUGGCAAUGUGUGCGAGCUGGACAUUAUCUUUAACUUCCACAAGGCGUACUACAUUCUGGACGAACUCUUUAUUGGAGGCUACCAGCAGGAGUCAAGCAAAAAGGAGAUCCUGCGCAUUUGCACGCAGCAAGAAGACUACAUGGAUGAAUCUAAAGAAGAGGGAUUUGCCCGUCCUCGCACGGGCACUCGCUAG